UCGUUUUAGAUAGCUUAUACUGUCUUUCCUGUACGGAGAGCGUAUCUCCCAGACAUUGUCACCAGAUUCAGAAGUGUGAUGUUGGAGAAACAUGUUUCACCCGAAAGUACACCACAAUAAACGGAGUGACUGUUUACGAUAGCAGUUGCACCCAUCUGUCGAUGUGUCCAGGCAAUAUAACCACGACACCAGCCGGUGACCCUCUGUCAGUCACAGACAAUUCAGAUUGUGUUGAAUGCUGCCAGACGGAUGCAUGCAAUAGCCAUGGUUGCGGAUCACAAGAAUACCCAGCCACGCGAGGUCCCCUAUGCUUUAACUGUGGACAGAUUGCCGACCCUACUCUGUGUCACAGAGCAGCUGUGUGCGCUCCUGAUCAAGUUUGUCAUAUUCAAGAAAAUAACGAGUUUGGUGAUACUUUUUAUACAACAAGCUGUAUAAAUAAACAUGAAUGUAGCAUUGGAAGUGGUUCAAUCUUUGGAAAGAGAGCCGAGAAAAGCGUGUGUAGCCAUUGCUGCUCAACUGAUCUCUGUAACAAUAAUUGUGGAAACGGCAUUCCGAUCACCUCCCCUCCUUCCACGACAGGAACCGUCCCGUUUGAUUGUUGGGAUGUCUACCAAAAUGGUUGGACAAGUUCGGGUGUGUACAUUAUCUUCCCCUGGAGAGACAUGUCACGUCCUGUGGAGGUGUUCUGUAACAUGGAGAUUCCUCCUGGGGGAUGGACUGUGUUUCAGAAACGUUUUGAUGGCUCAGAGUCUUUUAACAGAACAUGGGUGGAAUAUCAAAACGGUUUUGGUAGUGCACGGUCAGAAUACUGGCUAGGCAACGAAAUUUUACAUACCUUGACCGAGAGGAACAACACUAGACUCCACAUCAUUAUAAACUCCACGGAUGGACGUUCCUGGUAUGAAGAUUACGAUAUAUUUGCCGUGGAUGACAAGUCAACUCGGUAUAGACUUACACUAGGUGGUCAAGCUAAUGGAACUGCAGGCGAUAUGAUGAUGGACACAGGUCUACCACAGGCUAACCUCGGUGGUAAGAUAUUCUACACACCGGAUCCACCGUAUAAUGACAAUUACAACUGCACCGCGCGGCUACACGGCGGUUGGUGGUUUGCCGCGUGUGACUUCGCGUUCCUAAAUGGAUUGUAUGGGAACGUGUCCUGGUGGAAUCCUUGGCAUGGACCGAUAAUGCAGGGAGACACAUUCUUAGCAAGUGAAAUGUCAUUUAACAGACUUCAGGAAACAUUGUAGCAAUACUAUUUUGUAAAAGGUUAAUGAUCAUGUUUAUAUUCUGUACAUUUCAUUUCCACAUUUAAUUGUA